AUGGCUGUUCAGGAAGUUGCUACAUACCCUGACCAGAUCAGAGAAAAGCUUGCUGGCAAGACAAUCCUUGUUAUCGGGACAAGUGGCUACGGUGCACGAAAAGUGUGGGACAUUUUCGCAGAUGCGAAUAUCAAGAUUGUCUUGGUGACACAUUUAGUCAACAAUUACGGGGAAAGCAAAGUGGAUACCUUCAUUUGGUACGACUACUUCACUAAUCAGUCAGAUAUCGAGAAAAAUGCGAGAAACAUCAUCGAGCUUCUUGGCGAUCGAAUUAGAGAUAUUGACGGAUGUUUUACAUUCACAGAGACUGAUACACCGAUCACAGCUGCCAUAUGCAAUAAGCUUGGGCUCAGAGGUUUCCAUUUCGACGCGGCAGUUACAGCAAGGAGCAAGCAAAACACCUAUGAAGCCCUAAGAUCAAAACCAAAGCAUGACACUGGGUCAUGGGGAGUCGUGAAAGUGACGUCUAAAGACGAUUGUAUUCAGCAGUACAAUACGAUCAAGAGACGUUUUGGAGAAGCGUCAUUUGGCGAAAAGUUUGGAACGUCAAUGGUUCUGAUGGAACUACUUGAAGGUCUUUCCUACGAAGUUGAUGUGGUGAUAUAUGAUGGCAAGCUAAUUGCUGGCUUCGUCACUGAUAUUGGUUUAUAUCUCCCUAAGUCAUUUGCCUGUACCGCCACAUGCAUUCCUUCCAGUCGAUCUAAAGAGCUUCAAGAUCAGCUAAAGACAGCUGCACAUCAAUGCUGUUGUAAAGUCGGGUUACUCAAUGGGGUUUUCAACACAGAGUUUAAGAUGACAGAAUCUGGUCCAAAACUCGUCGAAAUCAAUGGCAGAAUAGGCUGUUAUCGUAGAUGCAUUGUCUACCAGACGAUAUACGGCGUUAUCCUAUAUGAGCUCGCAGCCGCCAUUGCUUGUGGAAUCAAGCCUUGCAUUCCAGAUGUGCCCGCCAGAUGUUUUGCUGUCGGAACAUUCCUUUUUAGUAAAUUUCACGGAAAACAGUUUCUGAAAGAAGAUGUAAAGCGAAAGUUAAUGUCUUUGACUGAGGCAAAGGACAUCCUUCUGGAGUUUAUAUCUGAGAUAGAAGAACACCAAGGCAAUAAUGACGAAUUCCCCAUGGAUUUCUGUCACCUGGUGGGAAUCAGCAGUACAAGUAUACAGCAUGCGAGACAAAAACUGAUACACCUUUAUCGAGAUCUCGGGUUUACAGAGACAGAGUAUGAUGUAGAAAGAUUCACAAGUGUGUGGGCUUGA